UCCAAUUGGACAAUUUACAAAUUUCAACUUUCGUAAAAUAGGAGUAUAAACAAAACAUCUAACAAGAAAAUCUUCAGAGAAAAUUAUAAAAUUGUGCCCAAAAAUUAAGUAAGAUUGAAGGAAACCUGGAAGUAGUGCGAAAGAAGCGAAGUCGUGGCAAAAUGAAGCUAGAAACAAUGAAUGGGAAUUCGGUGGCGCUGGCUGUGAAGGUACCGCCUGGGGCUGAAAAAGAAAUUCCAACUAACGCAGAGGGGGUGGAAGAAGAAACACACCCACAGUCUUCAAAAGCAUCCCAGGAGCAAAAAGAACAAGAAAAUGAUGGUGGGGGUGGCGAUAAAGAUGUUGGCGGUAACAGUAAGAAAAAAGGCACAAGAAAAAAGCGAUCUACCAACUGGGAGGAGGCGGAACGGGGCCUAUUGGUGGAAGUUAUAAAGCCAAAAGUUGAAUAUGUCGAAAACCGUAAUGUGGAUGCAAAAAACAUCAAAGCAAAACGUCUAGCUUGGAUGCAAAUCACCAAACAAUUCAACGUACUCAACUUUCGGCAUCGUUCACUUGAACAAAUCCAAGUGCAAUGGCGGAGUAUGAAAAAUACUGCAAAACGCGAAUACCAGCAAAAGAAUCCCAAUGCAGGAACAUUGGAGGGUUUGUCUAUGAUAGAGUUUAUGGAGGAAAUGCAAAAAGAUACAAACAAUGUACGCACACAUGCGCGCAGCAAUGGCAUAGUUAUCAAAAAAGAGCUAUUAAGUAUCGAUGACGAGGAUACGCCACUUGCAUCUCUGCCACCAUUGACAAAUACCAGUGAAGAUACGUUACAAGCAUCGGCUAUAGCGUUACCGUCCCCACCACAAUCGGCUGAGCCACAGCCAGAAAAUGCGUCGAAGCUGCAGCAAAGCUCACCCAUACGUCAAAGAAAAAAGCCAAUGCAAAAGAAAAAGAUUCAAAGUGCCGAAGGCGAUAGUGCUGAUGGAACCGGGAAACCGAAAAAGCAAAAAAACUCAAGCACCGCACCAGACGAAAUGGCAGUGCCGGGAACCAGCGAAAGUGAUGCGCAAACGUCCAAAUUGCUGUUGAAUGCUGAUGACAUAAUCUAUAAGAUACUACCUACCGAUGAAAAAUAUAAAAAGCAAAUUUUCGAUUUAAUAAAGCGUUCUCAUUUAGCAGAGAUUGAGCACGCACGAAUCGAGCAUGAACAAAGAUUAAAUUUCGAGACAAUGCAUCAAGAGCUUAAACUCGGUUACUAUCGUAAGAAUGAAGAGUUAAAAUUGUGUCAAAUGCGCGAAGAACAUGGUGCACGUAUGCGACAAAAUGAGCUGGAACAUAAAGCUCGUAUGCGUGCGUAUAUGCUAAGCUCGCGUAACACACCUCCAAAAUGUUCAAAAAGUAAGGCUGGCAGUGAAAUAGAUGAUAAAGGCGACGAUAAUUCGAACACCUCUAAACCAACUUCCGAAGAUUAGGUAGCAUGGAAAUAAAAUUCAGCACUCUGCGGAUGGUUGACGGUGCUACAACGUUAGUCAGAUAACCAGUAUUUUAAAAAUUAUUAAAAAAUAAUGUUAUUCCGUAGAAAAUAGUAAAAUUUUUGGGUAAACAAUAGGCUCAUCAAUACCAUGCAACAUUACACUUUUACGCAAUGCGCAUUAGUACAUAUUUUCCUUUAGGUACAUAAUUUAUUUUGAAUAUACAUACAUACAUUUUUUCAUUGGCGAUGGAGCCGUUGGACAGAAAAGGCGCUAAUAAAGUAAAAUAUUUAAAUGGCACAAAAAAAAUUUAACUAAAAGUAAAUUGGUUGUGCCAACGAAAAAACUCGUAACAUCGAUGUAAGUGGCAAAAUGGAAUACUCUACUAAUUUAAUUAUUACUAUACAAAAAGUAUAUUAAAUUUUUAUGCAAUGUUUUACUGUUUAUAUUAGUCUGUUAUCAAUUCUCAUUUUAUUUUAGCAUGUAGGCGAAUUUUCAGGGUAUCAACCCAUAAGCUAUACAAAUAAAGUAUACUAUAAAUGUAUUAUAAUUAAACCUAGUACCAAUUUAUAUACAUCAAUGUUUUAUUAUGUUGUCAAUGGCAUUUAUAUAGUUGGAACUCAAUUAUAUAAUAUUUUAUACAACCAUUCAAAUAAGCUAAAAAGUAUACAGGAAUGUACAAGAAUACAAAUUACAUAUAUGUAUGUAAUAGUUAUUACAAAUAGUCCUAAUGAGUCUGUCAUAAUCUAAAAUAUGUAGCUAAAAAUAAAACUCAUCCUAAUACCAGCAAUAAGAAAUAACAAUCAAGGCUGAGUGCAAUAACAUCCAACUAAAAAACAUUUGUCUCUAUUUUUCUAAAAUCGAAUGCAUCUGCGGGGACUUAAAA